UCCUUUUCGGUUUGACUAUAGUAUGUCAACUGACUUGGAACUGAUCGGAGCCUCGAGCUCAAAUUUGAAUAAUCUAAACUAGAAUCGAUACUAAUGCAUGAACUGACACGUCACAGGUGCUAGUUCAAUUACAAGUGAGAGUCAAAUCGAUAUUACGCUACGUUGAGUGAGCUUUAGAUCCUGGAUUAAAAAGAGUUAAUUUAUGUGUUUAUUUUCUUACUGCCUUUCACCUAGAGGAAGAGUUAUUUGAUAUAGUAGUUUAAGUCAGUCAAUUACUUGUCUACUUACGAGCAACAGAUUGAACACGUCGAUUUUUGACAUGAGAGUGCAGCGAGGUAUUUGUACUAAACUUCAGGGAGGAUUCCUCAAACGAUGGUGGGCUGCAGUAGCAAUAGGUGCUUUGAUGCUAAUAAUUGCAGGCAUAUUAGCCGCUAUAUUUCCGACAUUAAUAACACUCAUAAUAAACCGACAAAUCAUACUACAAGAAGGUGGUCAAACUUUUGGUUGGUGGAAGAAGCCACCAGUUACACCGCAGAUGCACGUAUAUAUUUACAACGUUACAAAUGCAGAUAAUUUCCUUAACAAUGGUGACAAACCGGCUCUUCAAGAACUAGGACCCUAUGUUUACCUUGAGACCUGGGAAAAGGUUAAUAUUAAAUUUAAUCCUAAUGGUACUGUUACCUACAACGUCAAGAAAAAAUUCAUAUUCUCAGAGAAUCUAUCAAGUGGCUCAGAAGAUGAAUUGGUGAUAGUUCCAAAUGUUCCAAUGUUAUCGGCAACAUCGCAGUCAAAACACGCAGCACGUUUCCUACGACUGGCUAUGGCUUCUAUUAUGGAUAUUUUAAAGAUAAAACCAUUCGUAGAAGUAUCGGUAGGUCAGUUACUUUGGGGAUAUGAAGAUCCAUUGUUGAAACUAGCAAAGGACGUAGUUCCGACUGAUCAAAAAUUACCUUACGAACAGUUUGGUUUAUUAUAUGGAAAGAAUGGUACUGGUAAAGAUAAUUUUACUAUAUUCACGGGUGCUUUGGAUAUCAGCAAAUAUGGUUUACUUGAUAAAUGGAAUGGCAAGGCGGGCCUUGGACAUUGGACUAAGCCUCACUGUGAUAGUAUAAUGGGGAGUGAUGGCAGUAUUUUUCCGCCUCAAAUCACUAAGCACACCGUACUUAAAGUUUUCGAUAAAGAUCUUUGUCGGACACUACCUCUUAUUUAUAAGCAAGAAGUAAUGACAGUGAGUGGAGUUCCUGGCUAUAGAUUUGUCCCACCAGCAGACGUAUUUUCCUCACCCGAUCGAGUACCGUCGCAGCAAUGCUUCUGUCCAUCAGGUCCUCCCUGUGCUCCCGAGGGGACGUUCAAUGCAUCUCUAUGCCAAUAUGAUUCACCAGUUCUCCUCAGUUUUCCACAUUUUUACUUGGCUGACCCCAUACUGAGAGAAGCAGUAACAGGAAUAUCACCCCCUGAAGCGGAAAAACAUCAACUUUUUAUUGAUGUUCAACCAACAAUGGGUACAGCGCUAAGAGCCAGAGCUAGAAUUCAAAUAAAUCUUGCGGUCAGUCAAGUCCGCGAUAUUAAACAGGUUGCGUCUUUUCCUGACAUCGUUUUUCCAAUAAUGUGGUUUGAGGAUGGCAUCGAUGAGCUACCAAGUGAUGUAACAACAUUAAUGAAAAUGGCAGUGGAACUACCUCCAGUAGCACGAGUUAGUAUAUCAAGUGCCGUCGCUGCUAUUGGUUUUGUUGUACUUAUUGGGGCAUCGGUGUGUUUGGCCCGUGCUACUAACCGUCAGGAAAAACUUCAUUUGAGUAGUCCGUUAUCAACCCAGUCUAUCAAAACCACUAAUGGUCUUUCACCUACUUUUCAGAAUCCUACAGCAAAGUCUCUUGCUAGUAAAUAGAUAUUUUAUAACUACAUACACUUACCAUGGUUAUGUGGUAUUAUUUGACUAAUUGUAAGUCAAAUUAUGAAAUGACGUGAGCUGAUUAGAUUAUUGGCACUUUUAAGAUGAAGUAACAGAUAGUUCAUACCAUCUUAACACGAUCAUUUUUCUUGCUAUGUUUUUGCUAUUGAUUGUUUUUCUUAUUACUAUUCUUGUUUCUUUUCGUUAUUAUUAUUUUUUAUUUUUAUUGCUAAUUUUGUUUCUUUUUCUUUUCCUGUGGAAAAUUUCAAUGUUUCUAAUGUGAGUAAACGAUAAAACAAACCAAUAGACCAACUCAAUGGAAAAUCAUUAUAUUUUGAGAUUUCAUCUUCGUUAUGCCUUGAUAUAUUGUCUACCUUAAAUUUUACAGGAAUAUAUUUUCUGGUCUAUUGUUUAUUACUGAUAUCUCAAUCGUUACUAUACUAUAAAGUCUCAUAUAUUACUACCUCGUCGUGAAUAAAGCGAUUGAUUUAAACAAGUACAUAUGAAAAUUAUCUUUCUAAAUUAUUGUGUCAGUACUUUAUAAUUGUUUUAUAAUGUCCUCUUUUCUCCUUUCUUUUAUUGUAUCCACCACUGAGAAAACCAUUAAUAGAACGUAAAUCAUCUUAGCUUAUUAAUAAUUUUUUCUGUUCACCAAUGUAAAAAUUUAUUACAUUAAUGUUGAGAGACAGAUUUUUUUAUAAAUUAAUGUUAUUUUUAUUAAGUAUAAUUUUCAAUUAAUUGUUGUUUCAAAUUUUAUAGUGUAACUUUCCAUUAUUAUUAUAUAAAUUCAAAAAUUUCAAUCUUUUAUUCAAUCUUUCCAGACAAUUAUAAUUUUAGAAAAAUAAAAAAUAUAUAUCUACAAAAGUUUCAGUUUAUUUGUUAUAGCUGAUGAAAUGGGUGGCGGCGAUAUUUUUGUUUUAAAAUUGUUCACAGCUCUAGAUAACUUGCCUUCAUUUGAAAACCUGAUAAUGUUAUAAAAACUAUUAUACACGCAAACACACACAGACAUACGCAUACACAUCUACACAUAUGCAAAUCAUUCAUAAAAUCAGUAAGUACCAUAUGUAUUAUAGUAUAAUUUCUAAAUCUUAUAUAUGACUCAUAUUUUAAAAAUUAUUAUUUCUAAAUGUCUUCAUAUGUAUUUCUUCAAAGUAUUUCCUUAAAACGCUCUUAACUUUUUUACGUUAAUAUCACUGCUGCAAUACUAUAUAUUUUUGGCGUGCGUCUUGUUCUAGAUGUUCUUUGUGAUUACUUAAUAAUCAAUAUGUAUUAUGUAAAAGCUUAAUUUAAGUAAGAUAAAACAAAUAGCUGUAAUAGUAAAAAUGGUCUAUUUGUCCGAAAAAAGUAAUAAAUACAAUACAUA